UCUUCUAGCGGAACAAUACAAUUCAGGGAAAUGCCAUUUUUUGUGACGUUGCUUAGUGAGUAUAAAGUCUGGCGAGAGCCUGGUGAGGCGGAAAUACGGUUGAUGACAGCGAUCCUCCUUCCGUCUGUACGUGGAGAAAGCAGUCUGAUCGCUGGGAGGACCAUGUCAUGCGGGCUGUGGAAAGAAACCCUGGCAAUAGCAGAGGACUACCUGUCUGUCUGCAGUAUUAUCCCUGCCAGUGGGUCCCGGAAAGCCCCGCCUGGUCCUCCUCCCAGCGACUCGGCUGCAGCCAUGCGGCGCCAGGCCCGGGACAUGGAGGCCAAGCACCGGGCCCGCUUCCAUGCCCUGGCACACAGCUUCCUGUGCCAAUGCGGGCCGGACCCCUGCGCCUGUCUGAGGAGGGUGAUGGAGGAGCUGGUGGGAGAUGGACAGAUGAACUGGGGGAGGGUGGUCUCUCUGUUCACCUUCACUGGUGUGCUGGUCAGAGAACUACAGGGAGAGGACACAGACCAGGGGCUGGGUAAUGGCAUGGAGCUGGGGGGGAAGGAGAGCUGCAGGGCACUGGCGGAGACCAUAGCAGACUACCUAGGAGAGGAGAAGAGUGACUGGAUGCUGGAGAACAAAGGCUGGGAGGGCUUCUGUAAGUUCUUCCACACAGCAAGAGAGGUGAACCAGGACUCGUCCAUGAAAACUGCCCUGUUUGCUGCUGCUGGCGUGGGCAUCGCAGGGUUAACCUUCCUCCUGGUCCGCUAACACACAGCACAAGCCCUGCUGCAUCAUUAGUCUCAUUUCAAAGUGAUGGCCGUGUGGUAGGUCUUCAAUGGGUUAAAUGGUGUCACAACAGGGGCAAAACACUGUCUUGAAAAUGAGGGGUGGGGGAGAGACUAACUUAGGGCCAAAAUAUCUUUUUUUGAAUAGUGGAUGGGACAUGUCCCCCUUCACCCCCUGGUGAGUUACACCCAUGUGUCACACUGAAGCAGGAUUCCAUUACAUGGUUUAGUUUCAUUCAUCAACUGAAUGUUUCCACAUCUUUCAGUCUGCAGUAAUACCUUCAACUAUUACCAACUCUAUGAUUCAGUCAUACUUAGAGAUUGUACCACAACAAACUAAAGGCCUUCUGAAAUGAUGGAAUAUGUGAAUAUUAUUAGUUUACAUAUCUUUCCGCUGUUAUGUUAUUAAAAUAUAGUAUUUUGUCAAAGCGAGAGCACAGGGACCACAUGUUGUGUUGACCACAACUGGACUACUAUGGUUGGUUGCAUUCUGUUUGACCGUGCAGCUACACAGAUGACCAUUUAGAUGUGGAUGGCUGCAUUCUGUUUGACCGUGCAGCUACACAGAUGACCAUUUAGAUGUGGAUGGCUGCAUUCUGUUUGACCGUGCAGCUACACAGAUGACCAUUUAGAUGUGGUUGGUUGCAUUCUGUUUGACCGUGCAGCUACACAGAUGACCAUUUAGAUGUGGUUGGUUGCAUUCUGUUUGACCGUGCAGCUACACAGAUGACCAUUUAGAUGUGGAUGGCUGCUUCUCAAAUGGGGACUUCAUCCCUAUCUCAGGGCUAUUCAAAUCCAAGCCUGACGUAGUCCUGCUUAUCUGUUCUACCUGAUCAUUAAUGGCACCCAACUGGUGUCUCAGGUCUAAAGCCGUUCCUGGUAAGAGGGGAGGAAUGAAAAUCAACAGUGGAACUGGCUUGUUGGUCCAGAUUUCAAUAUCCCUGACCUAUAUAGAAAUGGGGUGGCAUUUGGGGACAAACCCCAUCAUUUUGUCCACUGCUUAGUGUCCUGACUUGUUUUUAUGAAUGUCCCUCUUGCCUUUCUACUUCAAGUAAUGUGUGUGUGUGUGUGUGGCAAGAAUAUUUUUUAGUGUAAUAAACAUACAUUAAUAUAUUAUAUUUAUAUGAAAUAAAAAUGUUAAGUUGCCAUCUUUGCAUUGCCCCUUGGCAGAUUUCAUUGUUAUUUUGUAGUUUACCUUUUUCUCUCUGUCUCGUCAUGUUAGACAUCCAUUUCUAGUUUAUAAAAACAGGGUUCUUCUACUCCAGGCCCGGAGGUCCACAUUACUGCCCGAUUCUUUUCUACCUGCUAAUUGAUUGGCCCCGUCUCUGAGAUGAUGAAAACCAGAAGUGUUCAGGUCCUCCAGGCCUGUAGUUAAAUAUCCUUGGUCUGUCUGUGUAGGUUUCUAUCAGUGUCUGAGAUGGUAUGUAAUGUUUUUCAGGGCUUUACAGACAGUGGUGCUACAGUGUGAGAUGAUAUUAAGCAUGUCUGCCUCAGACCAAUUGACUAGACAUGGUCUGCAUUGCAAAUGCACCCUGUUCCCUAUAGUGCGUGACUUAUUUAUGUCUUUUUCUAAAUAAAAAGUUUCAGUCAUGGA